AUGGGGCCCAGCUGGAGUAAGAGACCGAUCGGAGACUUCUUCUCCGAAGCCGCGUCUUUGGACAGGUGGUCCCGGUGGGACCGCGGGCCCAUCAAAGGGGGGCAGGGCGACGCCCGCGCCCCCGCAGCCGUGGCAGGGGCGGCGGCUCCCGUGGAGUUCGCCGCCCUCCGCGCGCGUCGCAUCCGCGGCAGGGCUCCCGCCUGGCUGCUCAGAAGCCUUCGCUGUUCCGGAGGCCGCCUCGAGCGGGGCCUGGCCCAGAGGCAGCCGCGGCGCUGCGGCCUCGGCGUCGAUCCACUGCUGCUGCUGCUGCUGCUGCUGCUGCUGCUGCUGCUGCUGCUGCUGCUGCUGCUGCUGCUGCUGCUGCUGCUGCUGCUGCGGCAGCUGCUGCUGCUCCGGCUGUAUUCCCUUCCGCUGCUCCUUCACCGAGUCGUGCUGGCGGGGGCCGCCCUGCUCUGCGCGGCCCCGCCGGCCUUCUCCGCGGCCCUGGCCGGCGCCCGCGGCCCCGCCGCGCGCUCGCGGCAUGGCAUGCGCGCGCCCGGCAGGCGCGCGGCGCGCGGCGGCGGCCCGCCGCGGCCGGCGACGCCGCUCGAGGGCAGCGCCGUGCAGAUCCGGUGGGAGGACGGGCAGUGGUACGACGCGACCGUGGAGCGCAUGCUCGAGGGCGGCGGCAUUCGCGUGCGCUUCGACCUAGACGGCUACGAGUACCACUGGCUGCCCGAGGUCUGGCGGGUCAGCUCGGGGGCCGCGGCCGCCGACGCGCGGGCGCCGCCGGAGGAGCCGCUGCCGGAGGAGCCGCUGCUGGAGGAGCUGCGACCCGAGGAGCCGUCCCUAGAGGACCCGCUGCUGGAGGAGCCGCUGCUGGAGGAGCUGCGACCCGAGGAGCCGUCCCUAGAGGACCCGCUGCUGGAGUCGCUGCUGCUGGAGGAGCCGUCCCUGGGGGAGCCGCUGCCGGUGGCGCCGCUGCCAGAGGAGCCGCAGGCGCCUCCCCGCGCGGAGGCAGCGGGCGGCCCGGCGGGGGCUCCUCCGGCAGCUGCGCCGCAGGACGGGGGGGCACGGGCGCCCGCGGCGCAGUUGGAGCACCUGCGCUCCGGGCAGCGCCUCCGCGCGACCGUCACUGGCGUGAAGUCCUUCGGAGCGUUCGUGUCCGACGGGGAGAUUCAGGGCCUCGUCCACGUCUCGUGCAUGAGGACCAGCGGGCGCACGAAAGGCGCCGCCGAUGUUGUGCGGGAGGGCCAGGAGGUGGACGUUUGGGUGAGGUAUGUGAACAUGAAGACCAGACUGGUGGAGUUCUCCAUGGUGGACGUGUGGAGCUUCGUAGGCGUGGACAGCAGUACGUGGAUCUCCGGCAGGGUAGUCUCACAUGUGAAGCAAGGCGUCUACGUAGCACUGCGUCAUCCGGACGCGGGUGCAGAGUUUGAGGGGAAGCUGGUGCAGAGUGUCACAGAGCUAACAGCCAUGGGUAUUGAUUGCUCUGUAGGACAAGAGCUGAAUGUGAGAAUUAUCAACGUCGAUGUGGACAAGGUCCAGCUGCGGCUGAGCGCCGCACCUGAACUGUUGGCUGACGCGGACGGCGUGGACCCGUUCGUGCUCUUCGAGAAAGCCAAGGCAGACGGCCAAUGGCUGAACGCAUCGGUGGUGCAGACAGUAAGCUUUGGUAUCUUCGUGACGGUCAGGCCACCGGGUUCUUCACCCGACAGCCCUGGUGUCGACGGCCUGGUUCACAUUUCCGAGAUAGGCGGCUUCGUGAAGAAUACCUCGGACGUGGCCAAGACUGGUGACUCGGUGAUGGUGAGGGUCACAGAGGUGGACCCGGAGCAGCGCAAGCUGGCCUGUUCGAUGAAGGCGGAGGUGCCGGAGGUGGAUUACUCGCCCUGGAUGAAGCUCGUCGGAAGAAACGAGUGGAUCACGGCCGUUGUCAAAGAGGUGGACGACGUCGGGCUGACAGUGGAGGCCCGCGCGCCGGGCAACGAGACGGGCGCCGCGUGCACCGGCUUCGUGGAGGCCGGUCAGAUCCGGAGGGCCCGGCGAGCCGUGGGAGGGCGUCAUGGCGCCUCAGCCGGGUGCUGCCUACCGGGUUGGCCAGCAGGUGAGCGUCAAGGUCAAGUCCGCGCAACCGAAGACAGGCAGGCUGACGCUGAGCUGGGUGUGACGAGGGCUCCACCGACGAGGCGGCGCGGCGACAGAAGAUGCUGAGCUCAUCAACGGCGGAUCGUGGGCGCGGCAGCCCAUUUGGGCGCGGAGGCCCUGGUCUUGUUGAGCUUAGCAGGGCGCGUUUCGCUUUGGACCCAGGGUGCUGUCUCAUCGUCAUCAUCAUUAUCGUUUCUUGCAUUGUGCUGACAUGGGUGUUUAACGAUCGGCGCGUGGACACACCAAGCACCGAACGCUGUGUAGAUUUUGGCAGCGGCAGCAGCAGAUCUUUAAGG